AUGGCAUCUAAUGCAGCCUGUGAUUCCUGUAAAGACAACUUUGUAGUCAACUCAAAAUACAUUGAAUGCAGUAUAUGUGAAGGCAGAUAUCAUACAGUUUGCGUUUCGGUGAAGGACUCUUGGUUGAAGCUCUUUUCUGAUUGGUCACGUGAACAGCAACUGGCUUCUGAAAUUGCAGCAUUGAAAAAAGAGAUCGAAUUUUUAACACAUGAGAAGAACUUGAGCUCUAAGAUGAUGGAGCAACUAGAAUACACAAGCAAUCUCCAAAAAUCAGUCAUUGACUCGCAUCAGCAACAAGCAGCUCAUUCCACUAUGAAUUCAGUUAUGCUACCUUCGAGAUCAACUGCUUCCUCAACGCUAAGCUUUAGCGAUGCAGUCAAAAAAAUACCGAACAGGUCUUCUGUCUUGCUAAUCAAGUCUGACAGUAACUCUGGCAAUAACGAUAUUCUGCGGGAUGUAACAACUUCAGUAAAUCCUGCUAAAAUUAAUGUUUGCAUUAAUAACACGCACAAAAUAAGAAAUGGAAUUGCAGUUCACUGUCAAGAUGAGAAGUCACUUACGGUUCUUAAGAAUAGUUUGGAUAAGGAGCUUGGGUCCAAAUAUUCAAUCAUGGAAGCUAGAAAACUUAAUCCACGUCUCCUGAUCAAAAACGUUAACCUCGACGGUCUGGAUUCGCCCGAAUCGAUAAUCAAUAAUAUUGUAGCCUUAAACAAUAUUGAUGACACGCAUCAGUCUGACAUAAAAUUCGUUACCAAACUUAAGCAUUACGAGAGCACAAAUAUCGUCAUAGAAGUAUCUCCUGACCUUAGGAAUAUCUUGUUAGAGAAAAGUUUCCUGUUCAUCGGAUGGAAGAAAUCGCCUGUAAGUGAUCAUAUACGUGUGUUGAAGUGUUUUAAGUGUUGUGGUUAUGGUCAUACCGAUAUAAGCUGCAAAUCUAAUGUUGUAUGUCCAAAAUGCUCCCAAAAUCAUAAAGCUAAAGAUUGUAAAUCAUCUGUUUUCCAAUGCAUAAAUUGUCUUAAUGUUAACAAAACCAGUAAGAAAGGUCUACCAACUGAUCACGCGUCUUACUCUAGCUGUUGUGCUGUUUUUAAAAGCCAUUUUGAUAAUUUGAGAAGUAGAAUUAACUAUGGCUGA